AUGUGGGUUCUGGAUAAGCUCCGCGGCUCUGUUGAGACCAGUGGGCUGCGACAGGGGGAAAAUGGAGACAAGAGAAAUGUGGUGGCCCCUGCAUAUUCCAAUGUCCUCACACCAGACAAAAUCCCUGACUUUUUCAUCCCCCCAAAGCUCAUCAGUUGCCCACCAGAGCCAGACAUGUACAAACCAAAAGAGGGGAUACAGCCUUCUACUUCGGAACAACCGGCUGGCAGUGGGAGAAAGAUCAGCAGCCCCCGCAGCCCUAGACUGAUUGCUAAGCUGGCAGGAGACACUAAAAACCUGCUGAGAGCUGCUAACCGCCACAUUAUACAGAUCGAAAGUGCAGAUGACGUGGUGGCUGGGGACACAAAUGCUGAUCCUCAGUCCCAAACAGCCAUGUCGUUAUCUUAUGUUCCCAAAACCCAGACAUCUUACGGCUUCACCACAUUAAAGGAGAGUCCUCACACGCGCCGUAAAGAAUCCCUAUUCCACUGCGAGGUUACAAGUCCAAUCACAUCGCCCAAUACUUCGAGGAAAACGCAGGGAAAAGGCAGUGAAGGAGGAAAUCAUCUGAACCCAGCGGACUGUAACCCAUCCCAUAUGAAUCCAUAUCGCUACUUUAGUGGUGGAGAGAGUGACACCUGCUCUUCAGCCGAGUCCUCCCCAUUUAGCUCCCCCCUGUUGUCCAGAUCAGCCUCUUUGCUCAAGAUUUUCACCCAUGAAACUCAAGCAAAAGUGGUGAAAGCAAAGAGGACAUUUGCCCGUCACAGCUCACUGUCCACCGACGAAUGCAGCUCAGCAGAACCGAGCCCCAAUAUUCAACGGCGGCUUCAUGUCCCCUCUUUGCAUGCUACUUCUGAUCACGGCCUGCAAAAAGAGCAUGUCAUUAAUCUACACAAGGGGGGCACUGUGAGAAUCAGCGCCAACUAUGACACCAGCACAUCCCGCCUGUUGAUUCGUGUUAUGGCCGCUGAAAAUCUCUACGACAAGCAUUUUGACAUCAAGAGUAUUCACUGUUGCGUUUCGGUGUAUUUGAACCCCGGGAAACUGCAGAAGCAAAGGAGCAACAUCAUCAAGAACAGCCGCAACCCUGUGUUCAAGGAGGACUUCUUCUUCGACUCGAUAAGCGCAGUUCAAGUGAAGAAUUUAUCCGUGAAGUUCAAAGUGGUGAAUAAAGGGACGAGCCUCAAGAGAGACACUUUGCUGGGAGAACGAGAGGUGCCUUUGACCAAGAUUGUGUCAGGGCCAUGUGUUUAA